AUGACCACGGAGAGCGAGCUCGGCCGGCACACGGUCGACUGCGGCGCGCGCGAGGACAACGGCGACACUUGGGUCUUCGCGGAGGCCAACGAGAGCGUCGACUCAUUCACCGGCGCCUUCCCGCCGCGGUCGUGUGGAAAGGAGUGGAUCGCCGCGCGCCACGACGGCCGGUCUGCGCUGGCCGGCGGCGGCAGCGCUGAGGACGAGGCGGAGGAGAAGGGCGGCGGCAAUCGUGCGGAGGCCGAGGAGGAGAAGGGCGGCAGCAAGGCCGAGGCCGAGGCGAAAAAGGCUUGGCAGGCGGUGGGCAGCAAGUCGCUCUCCACGCUCACUGCGACGCUCAAGGCGCACAACUUUGGGCGGGGCAAGUGGCUGAUCCAGGCCGAGGCGGAGGAGGUGGACGAGAUGUGGCGCAAGAUCGUCGCCGCCCUCUGGGAGGGCAAGCUUGGCUCCUCCGCCAAGGUGAGCGGCGCAGGCAUGCAGAUGGCGCACGGCGGCCACAUCAUCUGCGUCUACGUCAGCCCCUUCUGGGACACGUCAGAGCGCCCCUGCGCGUCGCCCUGCCCGCGCCGCCCUGCCCUGCUGCCUGGCCCGCGCCGCUCAGCCCCCGCGCGACUGCCCGCCUCAGUCCUCGGCACUCUCCGCACCGAGUGCGGCGUGGCGCACCCGCUCAAGUUCAAGGCGGACGGGAUGGGGCUGCUCGGCGUGCCAAAGUCCAACGAGUGGGGCAUCCCGCCCGCCGUCUACGUCGCGCCGGCCGGGUCGAUGGACGUGACGCGCCCGGCCGUGCGCGGCGACAAGUCGGGCGUGUACAAGCCGAAGCUCGGGAACCGCGAGACCAACGGAGAGGGCCGCUGGAGGCGUCCCGACGGCGCGGCGCCUCCGCCUCCGCGCUCUGCGCCACCGCCCAAGCCAGAGGAGAAGCCGGCGGCCAAGAAGGCGGCGGACGGCUUCGCGGCGCUGAUGGGCCUCGCGGGCGAAGACAGCGCUGAGAUCCUGCGGGAGAAGAAUCGGCGCAAGGAGGAGAGGGCGGAGAAGAAGCGCGCCGCGGCGGCCAAGGCGGCCGAGGAGUCUCGCGCCGCGUUCGAGGCGGUCAAGGCGGGCGUGGGGCAGCGCAACUGGGCCGACGACGAGUCUGACGAGGAGGAGGCGCCGCCCGCGCCAUCGCUCACCGACUCGGACGCGAGCGAGUCGGAGGCGGAGAGCGAGUCGGAGGAGAGCGAGUCCGAGGAUGCCGUGGCGGCCGCGGCGGCCGCGGCGGCGAGGGAGGCGGAGGCGGCGGCUGCGGCUGCGGCCAAGGAGCGGCCCAAGAAGAAGAAGACGGCGGAGGAGGAGUCUGUCGAGGCGCUGCGGCCGCGCGAGGCGCUGCUGCUCGAGCUCGAGGCGGCGCCGGAGCAGUCUGCGGCGGAGCCGGCGGCGGCGGGCCAGUCCAAGGCGGCCGCCAAGCGCGCGGCCAAGAAGGCGGCGGCGGCGGCGGCCAACGGCGGAGCAGGCGCCGCCACCGGCGAGGCAGAGGCGGCGCCGGCUGCGGAGGAGGAGGGCGCGGGCGGCGAGGCCAAGGGCGUCGACGUGGCGGCGGUGCUCAAGGCACGCGCCGCCGCCGCCGCCGGGAAGAAGAAGAAGGCGGGCGCCGCGGGCGGCGCAGCAGCCAUCGCCGCGGCCGAGCUGAAGGCGCGCGACGCCGGCAAGAAGAAGAAGGAGAAGCGCACGUACGAGAAGGGGGCGAAGCAGGUCGGAGCCAAGGCGCGCGGCUCCGACAACAAGUACCAGGGCGAGUGAGGGCCGAGGCUCGGGCCCACAGCGCUAUUUACACGUGCCCAAGGCGCACAAUGGUCGGCAGGAGGCAGCGUUAUGGGCCGCGAGGCCGAGCUGCGAGCCGCGAGCGAGCGCAUGCGCCUGAAAAGACAAAAGAGCACGCACCUCCGGGUCGCAUCGAUGGUUUGUAUGAGCGAGAGACGUCCCUCGCGAGCCGUGUAUAGGUACGCCGGAGAGCGCUGCAUU